GGGGGGGGGGGGGCGGGGCCAUGGCGGCGUCGCCGUCGUCGUCGUACUCUGGGGAGAGCGGGAACCCUAGCCCCCCGGCGCCGCCCGCGGCGGCGGCCGCGGCUGCGGUGGGGGCGGCGGCGUGGCCGAGGCGGCGGUGCCGCGACGUGUUCUGGCUGGUGGUGUUCCUGCUCCACCUGCUCGUCUUCGGCGGGGCGCUCGCGGUCACCGGCCUCAACCGCUUCGGCCAGGCCGACCGCUUCAACAUCGACCGCUUCACCAACCUCACCGCCGCCCCUCGCUUCGCCGGAUCGCCGGAGCCCGCGCAGGCCCCGCCGCCGCCGUCGCUUGAGGCUGAGGAGGUCACCCCAAAGUCCGAGCUCACGGAGUCGUACUGGCCCUACUACGGCGCCGCGGGGGCGGUGGGGUCCGUCCUCGCGUGGGCGUGGCUGGCGGCGGCGGCUGGGAGGAAAGACGGGGGUAGAGUGGUCAUGAGGGCCGCCGUGCACAGCCUCACCGCGUACCUCGCUGUGGUCAGCGUGCUUUGCUUCUGGGGGAAGCACUUCUUCUGGGGCGUGGCGUUUGCCGUCGGCGGAGCGCUGCACUUUCUCUACGUCAUGUCAGUACUUGAUAGGUUCCCCUUCACAAUGCUUGUCCUGCAGAAGGCAGUAAGAAUGGUCUGGGAACUUCCUGAUGUGAUGAGGAUAGCAUAUGCAUUUGUGUUAGUCAUGCUUUGUUGGAUGGCAUUAUGGUCCUUUGGAGUGUCCGGCAUUCUUGCUUUUCACAUACCUAAUGGUGGGCAAUGGUGGGCGCUUUUGAUUUUCUCAGUCAGUUUGUUUUGGACUGGAGCUGUCCUUAGUAACACAGUCCAUGUCAUAGUAUCAGGGAUGGUUUUUCUUGUUCUCAUUCAUGGUGGCCAAGCUGCUGCAUCGAUGCCCCCAAAACCACUUCUAAAAUCACUUCAGUACGCUGUAACAACUUCAUUUGGAAGCAUUUGCUAUGGAUCUCUUUUUACAGCUGCUAUUAGGACUUUACGAUGGGAGAUUCGAGGAAUUCGGUCUAAAAUAGGAAACAACGAAUGCUUGCUGUGCUGUGUUGACUUUUUGUUUCAUAUUGUGGAAACGCUUGUUCGCUUCUUCAACAAAUAUGCAUAUGUACAGAUAGCUAUCAAUGGCCAGAGUUUUAAUCGCUCAGCUAGGGAUGCUUGGGAGUUGUUUCAAUCAACAGGCAUUGAAGCACUUGUUGCUUAUGACUGUUCAGGUGCUGUCCUUCUGAUGAGCACCAUUUUAGGUGGAUUAAUUACAGGAACGUGUACGGGUGUUUGGACAUAUUUUAAACAAAGUGAUAAAGCUAUUAUGGUUGGAUCAACCUCUAUGCUGAUGGGCAUGAUACUGGUCGGGGUAACUGUUGUAGUUGUUGAAAGUGCAGUUACAUCAAUAUACAUAUGCUAUGCUGAGGAUCCCCGUUUAAUUCAAAGAUGGGAUCCGGAAUUUUUCGAUCAAAUGUCAGAAGCAUUACACCAGAGACUGCAAUACCGAAGUGCACGAGCUCGCCAAAUACUGAACAGUCGGCUUGAUCAGUUGCCAAAUACCUCGAGUAUCUGAAUUACAUGUUAGAUAUUUGACCAUUUUUUGUCGGUCCAUUGAAAGUGCAGCUGGAAUUUCCAGAACAAAAAAGUUCUGGAACUUCCUGCCAUCGAAGUAUAGAUGUACGAACUUUUCAGCCUCUGAAAUAUAGAAGAAUGAAGUGCCCCAGCAAUCAUGGUGGCCUUCAAAACAACACGAUGUUGCCGGUCAAGCAGCCAGAUGUUCAUACUUGGGUUAUUGGGUAGAACUGCAAUGCCAGGCCUUCUUCGUUCUUUGUGUAUGCAGCAUUCUAGGGAAAACAGUAAAAAGAAAAGUCCAUUUCUUGACUGAGUGAGCAUGCGGCCCAGCCUCGUGAAUGGAAACAUUUCGUCAUGUCAAGUCUGAGCUUUCUUUUCUACUAGCAUUAGAUGCUUCAGUGUGCAAGAAUUACAGUUUCUCUGUUGAAUGAGGCUGAGGCAUGACGGCAUCAGUUUGAGCCUAAACGGUGCGAAGUGGACGUCGUGCCUGCAACAUGGAAGUUUAGUAUGCGCAUGCCUAGGGUUGGUAAUGAAACUAACAUUUUUGUCUAUCAAAUUUAAGGGUUGGUUUAAAAUAGGUUAAAAAUAAAAUUGUGUAGAGUUUUGAGCUAAAAAAAUUUAAGAAUUAAAUAGGAUUGUGAAACGCAUGUCACAUGAUUUUACAAUGUUACUUUGGUGGUGCAGCUGUGCAGGCACCCCGAGGGCUCGGCCUCUCACACGUCAGUUGGCUGUCCUAAUUCGUGAGUGGCGGCAUGCGCUAACCGUCUUCUACAGUGGUACGACGUGAUAAUGGG